UCCAGCUAACUCCAAAACAGCUGAAGAUAGGGGGGGCUGAAAGAGACACCAGUGAUCCUCGCUCAAGGAGGGGCAUAAAAACACUUCAGGUGCUUUUUAAUCGGGUUUUAUAAGGAGAUCUCUGCUGGAUCUCCCUCACUGCGCUCCGCCCGGUGCUUGAGGACAGAAGAUGCCCAGGCAGUUCCUCUGCCCAGUGUUCGGCUCGUCACUGUGGUUGGCACUGAUACUCCAGUCUCUCAUUUCCUCCGCCGUUACCUACAGGAGACCAGUGUCCGGAGGGAAGAGACAGAGCUUUCUGGAGAGAACCUUGAUUUUACUGGACGUGAAUACGCGAAGCCCGGUGAAAGUUUUGAAUGACAACUUCCUCUCGCUGCAGUUGGAUCCAUCUAUCGUAAAGGAUGGCUGGCUGGACUUCUUAAGCUCCAAGCGGUUAGUCACUCUGGCACGGGGACUCUCUCCAGCUUAUUUGAGGUUUGGGGGCAAACGGACCGACUUUCUCCAGUUUCAUAACCUGAAGAAUCUUGCAAAGUUUAGAGGGCCCGGACCAGAUUAUUACCUCAAAAACUAUGAAGAUGACAUAGUGCGCAGUGACUUCGCUCUGGACAAGCAAAAGGGUUGCAAGCUGGCCAGCCACCCAGACAUGAUGCUGGAACUGCAGCGGGAGAAAGCGGCUCAGAUGCAACAGGUCUUGUUGAAAGAACAGGUCUCCAACAUCUACAGCGAUGUCACGUUAACAGCCAGGUCUUUAGACAAACUUUACAACUUUGCCGACUGCGCGGGACUGCACCUGAUCUUUGGGCUGAAUGCCUUGCACAGAAACCCUGACAACUCAUGGAACGCCUCCAGUGCUCUGAGUCUGCUCAAAUACAGCGCCGGCAAAAAAUACAACAUCUCCUGGGAGCUCGGCAAUGAGCCCAACAGUUACCAUGCAAUGGCUGCCCGAUCAGUCAACAGCUCUCGUCUGGCUCAGGAUUACUCUCUUCUGAAGACGUUACUGCAGUCGGUGCGUUUCUACAGCCGGGCCAACCUCUACGGGCCCAACAUCGGCCGUCCUCGAAAAAAUGCAGUCCUGUUACUAGAUGGGUUUAUGAAAAACGGUGGUUCUGUGGUUGAUGCAGUAACGUGGCAACAUUACUACAUUGACAGGCGGGUGACCAAAGUAGAGGACUUCAUGAAGACAAGACUCCUGGACACCCUGUCUGAGCAGAUUACCAAGGUGUUAAAGAUUGUUCAGACUCAUGCUCCAGAGAAGCGUGUGUGGCUGGGUGGAGUUGGUCCGGCUUGGGCAGGAGGCACCAAUAAUUUAUCUGACACAUUUGCUGCUGGUUUUCUGUGGCUCAACACUCUCGGUAUCGCCGCAGCUCAUGGGAUUGAUGUUGUACUCCGACAUUCUUUUUUUGAUUAUGGAUACAACCACCUCGUCGACCAGCACUUCAACCCUUUACCUGAUUACUGGUUAUCUCUGCUCUUUAAACGUCUGGUGGGCCCGAGGGUGCUUGCGGUGCACGUCGCAGGUCUCCAGAGGAAACCACGCCCUGGACGGGUGAUCCGGGACAAACUCCGCAUCUAUGCGCACUGCACCAGCUUUCACAAUCACGAUUAUGUCAGAGGGUCCAUAACCAUCUACAUCAUCAACCUGCAUCGGUCACGGAAAAAAAUCAAGCUGGCGGGGACAUUACGAAAUAAAACUGUUCACCAAUACCUGUUACAGCCCUUCGGCACAGAUGGACUUCACUCCAUUUCUGUGCAGCUGAACGGAGAGCCCUUGCGUAUGGUGGACAAUGAGACGUUCCCUGAGCUGAAGCCACGGACACUCAGGGCAGGAAGAACGAUAGCCAUGCCACCUGUAUCCAUCGGCUUCUACGUGAUCAAGAAUAUUAAUGCAUACGCCUGCCGCAGAUAACACACACUGACCGACCUCAGACCAUCCUCGUGGCCGUCUCCUCUUUUUAUAAGCCCACAGAGACGUGGAAGAGACUCCUUGGUUCAAGCAAGGGUUGCACUGAAUGCUUCCAACAACAUUUCUCCUCUUUUUUUAACCACAAGAAAAGCUUGACUUGUGGAAAGUGAAUGUAUUUUGGUUGCCCUUUUUUUGUCACUUUCGGUUGCAGGAGUGUAAUGCUUCAUGGAGAGCUUUGUAAUCCGAUGUUGAAGACCAGCGUAAGCUAUGAACCCAGUGCCAAUGUGCGGUUCAGAUGCGGCACGACCAUUAUGAAGUAGAUCGAUCAGAAUCGGACCGUUUUCACAUUUUCUGCGGUCAUUUUGUGGGGAAAUCUGUGCAAUGGGUUUGAACAUAGUAAAAUGUGUUAAACAGAUAUGACAGCACUACAUUUUCAUUGGUAGCUAGGAACAUUAUCAGAUCAGCCAAAAUAUUCGAAUGAUGAAAAUGCACAGGACGCAAGCGACAGCCGUUUCAAUUCUCCGGAGUUCUGUGGGUGCGGAUUCUGUGUGGGCCUGUCUGUCAGCUUAAUGUGAUUUAGCCGAGUAGGACGUGUUCCUGGAUCAACGUCCUUGUUGGUUCUUAAACAACAUUCCAGCUUGACAGCCAAUCCGAUUUUAGGGUUAGAUUUAGGGGGCUUGAAUAUUGUUCUUUCAACCAAUCAUUUACAAGGUAGGUCAUGCUUAGGGUUGCAAGUCUUAGAACUAUGCUUGCUGUGUCUGAAAUACAUCUCUUUUGUGUGCUUUUUUAGAUUCUGGGGUCUAAAGCCACGUAAAAGGCACACGGCCAAAUCUUGAUCCGUAAUCUUUCUUUUUCAUCGCAGGACAGAAAAUAUAACCUCCUUUUAAAGCCAACUUUAUAACUUUUAACACUGACCCAUGGCCUAAAAAACAGUUUGCAGUCCUGGGUUGUCUUCCCCAUUUUUAUUUUUUAAUUUUUUUUAGUUGCUGCUUUAUCAUUUCAAACUGUACAACGAUGAAGGUACUACAGAAAGAUAUAUAGAUAUUUACUAAAACAUCCUUACAUUUUAUUGCUAAAUUGGAAAGAUUAACAUUACACACAAUCUUUAUGCAAUCUUUAUCGAUUCUCUGAGAAGUACUGCCUUAUAUUUAUGAUGUUUACAUGUUUGAUUUCCCAUUGCUCAGACUCCUUUGAAGCUGUAAGGAAAGAGUAGGGAGUUUUUGAAGGCAUCGUUUUGCUUUAUGAAGAACUGUGUAUCAUAAAGUUGUUGCAGAGCUCAGGAAAUUAGCUUGUCCGUUAGCAUCAUGUUCAAAGCAAUUUUUUUUUUUUUUUUUUUUUUUUUUGCUAUAACAUUGUGAACCUGAGCUUAGUUUUCCAGAUCUCUUCUGCUAUAUUAUUAAUACUGGGGCCCUGGAAGGUGUUAGACAAUUAAGUCACACUUAAAAUUGUAUUACUUUUACACAUUAUAUCAGUUCAAGUGGUAGUUAUUUUUCAAGCAAUGCAUUUCACAAAAUUAAAUUUGUCAGGUGAUUUACAAAUGGCAAAGACAAGUAUCAUACAUUCUGAAAAAUUCCCAUUUGGCUUGAUAUUUUGUCUUUUUUUAAUAUUUGUUUUUGAAAACAUUUUAAGUGUCACCAAAUUGUGCAUGUACUUUUAGGGCCACUAUAAAUCCCAUGUACAGCGAUUCAUUUUUGCUGCUAGCUGCCUUAAUUAAAAUUAAGCAUAUGUUUUUGUACAGGUACAAACUUUUUAUAUUAAUAAAUGUACAUACAAUUGGUUUUCGAUUUAAACUGUGUGCUUCCUUGCUUUAUAAAUAUUAUUUAUAUAAAUGUAUAUGUGUGGUUAUGAGUGUGUUUGUGUGUAUAUAUAUAAACAGUUGACUUUCGUCCACAUUGGCAGAUAAUUAUAUUGUACUUUUUGUAAAACAUACAGCAGAGACUGAUUUAAAUGUUUAGCAAUGAAACUGCCCUUUGAAUUUCAAAAGUAUUUCAUUGCUCACAGUAUGCACAUUUGUGUAUCACAAUGUUUUACGUUGUAUAUUCUUUGGUCACUCAGUCACAAUGCAAAAAAUGCAAAAAUAAAAAAAUAGAUAUAUUUAUAUAGUGAUUCAGCUUUCAAACGUUUUUUUGUGAAUUCUAUAAAAAGUCUUUUUUAUUCCCUCCUCGGGCUUGGUUAUGACAGCGGUUUGAUUUUCCAGGGUCAAUAAUUCUGUCAGCAUCAUAGUAUUUCCUUAGAUUUGGAAGGCUCUGUUGUGAUUUUAGAGAUUUAUACGGUCUUUGAUUUGUAUAAUGACACUUUCACAAGCUAUUUUCCUCCUUGAAUGUGUUUAUUGCAGAUUUAGAGUUGUUAAUAUUUUUUUCAGUUAAAGAGCAUUAUUUUAAUAUGGAAAUGGCUGUCUGAAUAUUAUUUUUGUCAAAUAUAUAAAUAAAACAAUAGUAAAAAUGUU